CACCCAACCGCAGGACACGGCUUGUCAGGCAAUGAAAGAUCGCCGCUGCUGUUGGACGCGUGGCAAAGUCAUAGGCGGCAGCUCAGUGCUCAAUACUAUGCUCUAUAUACGUGGAAAUCGACGCGACUUCGAUCAGUGGGCAUCUUUUGGCAAUCCUGGUUGGGCAUAUGAGGAUAUAUUGCCCUACUUCCGCAAGUCGGAGGAUCAGCGCAAUCCAUAUCUGGCGCGUAAUAAACGCUAUCAUGGCACAGGCGGACUUUGGACAGUGCAGGACUCGCCCUAUAAUACGCCACUCGGACCAGCGUUCCUGCAGGCCGGCGAGGAGAUAGGCUACGACAUUGUGGAUGUAAAUGGUGAACAACAGACUGGAUUCGCUUUUUAUCAAUUCAACAUGCGACGCGGCUCGCGUGCUUCCGCUGCUAAGAGUUUUCUGCGGCCGGCGCGUCUGCGAAAGAACUUGGAUGUGGCGCUUUUCGCACAUGUUACCAAAGUAUUGACGCAUCCGGAAACAAAACGUGCCAUCGGUGUACAAUUUAUACGGGAUGGGCGCUUGCAAACCGUUUACGCCACCCGCGAAGUCAUACUCUCCGCCGGCGCGCUCAGCUCACCGCAUUUAAUGAUGCUAUCGGGCAUUGGACCGGCCGAUGAGCUGCAACGCGUAGGCAUACCAUUGGUGCAGCACCUGUAUGGUGUGGGGCAAAAUCUGCAAGAUCACAUUGCUGUGGGUGGUAUUGCAUUCCUCAUUGAUUACCCAAUUUCGAUUGUGAUGAAGCGAAUGGUUAACAUUAACACGGCUUUGCGCUAUGCUAUCACCGAAGAUGGGCCGCUCACGUCCAGUGUUGGUUUGGAGGCUGUUGCUUUCAUCAACACAAAGUAUGCUAAUGCCAGCGACGACUGGCCCGAUAUCAGUUUCAUGAUGACCUCAGCGUCGGUUAUGUCUGACGGCGGUUCGCAGGUUAAGACCGCGCAUGGUUUAACGGACGAAUUCUACAAUGAAGUCUUUAGCGAAGUGAAUGAUCGCGACGUUUUCGGCAUUUUCCCCAUGAUGCUGCGCCCAAAGAGUCGGGGCUUUAUUAAACUGGCCUCGAAAAAUCCGCUGCGCUAUCCACUGAUUUACCACAACUACCUCACACAUCCAGACGAUGUGAACGUUUUACGCGAGGGCGUUAAGACAGCGGUCGCUAUGGGCGAGACGCAAGCAUUGAAACGCUUUGGCUCGCGGUUUUGGAGCAAACCUCUGCCGAACUGCAAGCAUCUGCCACAAUUCACCGACGAGUAUUGGGACUGCGCCAUACGCCAGUACACGAUGACCAUCUACCACAUGUCGGGCACUGCCAAAAUGGGUCCACCCAAUGAUCCAUGGGCCGUUGUUGAUCCGCAACUGAGGGUAUAUGGUGUACCAGGGCUGCGUGUAAUCGAUGCCAGCAUUAUGCCCACCAUCACCAAUGGCAACAUACAUGCGCCGGUGAUAAUGAUCGCCGAGAAGGGCGCAGAUAUGAUAAAAGAGCUGUGGCUUAGCAGUACACAGUGGCGUGCGAAGCGAAAGGUGAGGUCCGAGGUGAACCCUAUUUGCAAUAUAACCGAAGCGGUGGGGAGUACAGCGAAAAAGAGUGAAGAUUCCAGCUAGAUUCCUAGCAAUGACGGUAAAGCGGAAGAAGGACACAAGAAAGUUGAGGGCAAAAACUGAAAAAAAGUAAAUGGAUACAACUUCAAAGCGCUGUAUUUAUGCAGGUACUGAAGGAAUUGGAUUGGAUUGGUUAUUUGGCAGCGGUGUCGUAACAUUGGGGGGUGUGUAGUAUGUAUGAAAGGCGAUCAGUUUACUUCGAUAAUCCAACCGCAGCUUAUUAUUAAAUACAGAUGCUGAGUGUACAUACACUUAAUCCUCAAAAGCUUCAAUUUAGUCACUAGUUAGUUAAUUACAUCAUAAAUUUAAAUGACAUAAAUUGUACAAGAUUUUUCACCAACUAAUUUAAUUGCCUGUAUUUUCAAUCUUGCUUUGUUCUUAGUCACAACUUUUUAUUUUAACUUUAAAUAAUUUAUAUUAUUUGCGAAUUAAGUACAUACAUAAUUUUAGUUAGUGGCGAUUCAACAAAGAUUACUUGGUAAGUCAUUUUAUGCAUUGUACAUAUCGAGUCACAAUUUCGAUACCUAUAAGAUAAUGUGCUUUUAAGCCUAGUUUAUAGAUUAAUAAAUGAAACGUUUUGGAAGUAGCAUGUUUCUUUUUCAUUUAUUUGUCGUCAUUUUCUAACAAAUGAUGAUUUGCUACUCAUGAAGUACCUAGACCUUCCAUUUCUAUUUUAAAAUCUGAAAUUGACUUGUGGCUGGAAUUGACGGCUGUGGAUGGUUUGAAAUCAAAUAAUAUUUGGCUAAAUAGUUAGGGCCGAAAAAGCACACAGAAUGUGCUCCAACAUCUCUCUCUCCAGAUUGCGGCAAGUUAGAUAGCUAGAGACUUAUUUAAUUAAAAUUCUCGAAACCACCACGAUCCUUUUCUCUUCAGCAGGUCGCACAGUGG